GUUUUUUCCUUUGGCAUUUUGCAUUUCCAAUAUAUAUAUUUUUCACAUUUUUGUUUCAAUGUCACAUAAAGUAAGGAGGUGAAAUUCGCGCCGAACAAAGAAGCUGCGCUGGCUGCGGCCAACGAUUAACGGCCAACGAAUUGGGCAUUAUGUUCUGACAAACAAAACCCAUUUUGCUAAAACUGAGUUAUACUUUUUUGUGUGAAGAGUAGACGCGGCUGCGCAGCUCAAAAGACUAUAAUAAAGAGACGCAAAAGGAGGUGAUUUCCCUGGUGGCACCGAGCAACGACGACAUGAUAGACAAUAUGGACUUUGAGAUAGACAGCGAUUUGGAAGCGCUAAUAGAGGAGUGCUCUCAGCCUGAGCCGCGACACAACAGCAAUAGCAGCAGCCAGGUGAGCAAAAGCCCACAACCGGAGCAGGCACGACACAUUGGCGACGGCAGUGGUAACAGCAGCCAGGCGAACAAAUGCGCGGAAAAGAUGCGGCCGCCAGUUAGCACGGCAAAGCGGCGGCCAAUCACCGACCGGCCGCGAUUUAAGCUGGCCAACCCGCGGCAAACCGCAGAAAAACAGCGACUGAUGGACGACGGCGCGGACGACAGAGGUGAGUUGUGGUGGCAGCGGUACGCACCAGAGACUGUUGGUGACCUGGCAGUGCACGCAGGCAAAAUCUCGCAGGUGCGCGGGUGGUUGUCGAUGGCAGCGGAUGCGGCUGCAUCAGGAGGGCGCAACGGAUCGGGGUUUUUCCGUAUUCUUGUGGUCGAGGGCGCAGCGGGAACGUGCAAAUCCACAUGUAUCCGCGUCCUGGCACAUGAACUCAGCUUGGACGUCGUCGAGUGGAUCAACCCGCUGUCCACGCAGGCACCCUUGGCCGGGCAGCCCGAGCCUGGAGACGAUGAAAGCAGCGUCGUGCGGCAGUUUGGCAACUUUCUUAUGCGUGCCGAGCGGUACGCGGCGCUGCCGACAGCGACCGAUGGCACACAGCGAACGCACGGCAGCCGCAUUAUUUUGGUCGACGACCUGCCUAACAUUGGACACCGCGAGACGCGCGAUGCGUUCCGCCAAGCGCUGCUGCGCUUUAUCUCGUUGCCCGUACAGCAGUCCUGUCCGCUGGUGAUGGUCGUGACCGAAGCCUUCGCGGCACAGCAAGCGCUGGACGGCGGCGGCGGCAUUGAGACGAAACGCCGGUUUCGCGAGUCCGACCGCGACACGCACUCGGACAUUUCCGUGUGGAGCGCAGCCGACGUUGUCCCUGGCGCUGUGUUCAACUCGGCGUUCUGCCAGACGAUCAAGUUCAAUCCCGUAGCGCCGACCAUUGUGGCGCGCGGGCUUAAGCGUAUUUUGCAUCUGCGCGCCGGCCUAGGCGCAUCGGCGAAGUUCUCGGCGGAGUGUUUGGCUGCUGUGCGCUCAAUCUCGGAGCAGUGCCGCGGCGACAUGCGUUCGGCAAUCACUAUGCUGCAGAUGGCGCAGAUGGCGCCGAUGGCUCGGGGCGAGCCGCCAGGGCAUUCGCGCAAGCGACGGCGGCCGGGCACAGCAGCAACAAAGGUCAUUGGGAUGGCCGGCACGCAGCGCGAUGGAAGCAGCGCAGAGCCGCGGCGCGUGGCGCUAGACCUAUUUCACGCCGCUGGCAAAGUUCUCUAUGCCAAGCGCAUGGCUGCAGGUGCACUCACGGACAACAGCGGGCUGGGCCGCGGGCGGCUCGAGUCGGAUCCCUCAGAGAUUCUUGAUAGCGUGGCGACGGACCUUGGCACAUUCCAGCUUUUCAUUCACGAAAACAACCUUGACUUCUGCUCCUCCAUUGACGAGGCCGCUGCGGCCGCCGACGGCUUCAGCGAGGCUGACGCCCUGGCCUCAACGGCGCGCGCAAUGGGGAGCCGAGGAGGAGCCCAGGCUGCGGCCGACAGUUAUGCGGCCAUGCUGGCUGUGCACGGAUACAUGCAUGUGCGCGGCCACCCGCUUCUGCUCGACCAGGGCGCUCGGCAGAACGCGGUGCAGUCCAGGGGCAUGGUGGCAUUUCGCAAGCCACAGUUCUUUGAGGCGUAUCGCGCGCAGGUGGCCAAUGAGCGGCUGUGCGCUGAGCCGAUGGCUGCGGAGGCGCUGUUGGGGGCGCGUGGGCGGGGGUUCUUUGAUGAGCUGUCGCUGAGGAUGCGCAUUGCUUUGGCGCGGCGUCCACUUCCUGCUGCGAAUGGUGAUGACGUGGCCCUGAUGCGGAGGCUGGCGCAGGCGGCUAUGGUCGAUGUACCGGCCGAUGCGCUGGCACCCAGUGGCCCCUCUGGCUCUGGUUCUGGUUCUGCUGGCGCUGGUGCUAUGACCGAGCGCGAAAUUGCGAUGGAGAAACUGGUGCUGAGCGAUGACGAUAUCUGUGAAUUUUCGGACUAGACUAGAGAGUGUGCGUAAAGCAUAUGCGCGCGCAAAUAGAUGCAAUUGAUUGAACCAAAUGCUAUGAAAACUGUUGGGCAGUUAGCGCGGAGAGCUGAGGCUUUGUUUGGCCAAUGGUGUGGCUGCUCACUAUAUUUUCACAGAUUUUUUAUUGUGUUCAGAAUAAAAUUGCAAACUUGGC